AUAAAGUUAGGCAAUUAUACAAUGUAAUAUCCGACCUUGAUGAUUUACAUAAGAUCGGAUAUUGUCAUAAGGAUAUCCAUAGUGGGAAUAUUUUGCAAGAUAAAUUAUAUUCUCAUAUUUCAGAUUUUGGAAUAUCAGGACCAGUAAAUAAGCAAAAAUCUGGUGAUCAAAAAGUAUAUGGAGUAUUACCAUAUAUCGCUCCAGAAGUAUUUAACAAUGAAUUAUAUACUUUUGCUGCUGAUAUCUAUAGUUUUGGAGUGAUUAUGGUCGAAUGGUCAUCUGGAAAUCCUCCAUUUCAUGAUAGAAAACAUGACUUAUUUUUAGCCUUAGAAGUUUGUAAGGGACUUCGUCCAGAAUUCGGUAAAGGAACUCCCGAAUUCUAUAAGAAAUUAGCCAAUAAAUGUAUGAAUGCUGAUCCGAAUCAAAGACCAACAGCUAAGGAAUUAAUCGAAUGA